AUGUCUGAUAACGCUAUCCAUUCUGACGACGAGAGCGAGCUCUUCAACGGGUUUGGCUCUGCGCCCAUUUCUCGAACGGCUUCGCAGCGAAGAACCACCAAGAGAUGGUCAUUCCACAACAACGACAAACCCAACUUGGUCGACAUGGACUCCGACAUCGCCCAGCUUCACCGUCGACUCAGCGACAUCACUGGCGAAGAUGGUGUCCACAAAGAUGCGCUGUCUUCAGUUAUCGGUGGAGGCCAGUUGUACUCCACGGAGUCUGGCCGGUUGUUCCAUGCCGGCAAGAUCUGUAUCGCUUUGGCAGGUUUGCCCGGCCGAGGCAAAACCCACUUGUCGGUAUCGUUGACAAGAUACUUAAGAUGGCUUGGAGUCAAGACUCAUUCGUUCCACUUGGGAAAUUACCGUAGAGCCAGUGCCGAGGAUGAUGUGACGCAUGAUCUUUUUGUUCCGUCACCAAACAGCAAGCGUGCGAAUGAAAUCCGAAACAAGAUUGUAGACGAGUGCCUCAACGACAUGUUGAACUUCUUCAAAAACGACAAGGGUCAAGUGGCCAUAUACGAUGCUGUCAACGCCUUGCCGGAGUACAGACUUGCGUUGCAGAAGAAAUUCACUGAUAUGAACAUCCAGGUGUUGUUCAUCGAGAGCUUGGUCACAGACGAUGCCAUCAUCAUGAAGAACAUGGAGGAGGCAGCACGUUCAUCACCUGACUAUGUCAACUGGGACUAUGACAAGGCCUAUAAGGACUACAGUGGGCGGAUCAACGCUUUGGCGCCCUAUUACCAGAAUAUGGGCGAGAAGGAUGCGACAUUGUCUUAUAUCAAGUUCAUCAACUUUGGUGAGCGAAUCGAGUUGCACAACUCGAAUUACGGCUACUUGAUCAAUAAGGUUGUGUUCUACUUAAUGAACUCACGAAUCAAGCUGGGGUCGGUUUUCUUUGCUCGGUGCUACAAGAACCUGUUGGAUUACACUAAGGAUCCUCCAUUGGACGAUGCAGGAAAGAAGUACGCCUUCAACUUGACCAAGUCGUUGAUCGAACACGUCAAGAAGAACGGCAGAUCAUACUUUCAAGACGAGGAAGACAAGGAAAACCCAGAUCUAGCUCGUUUGAGACCAGCAGUUUUGAAACGGCAACUCUCCGUAGACGAAAGACAGCCUGCAGCUGGUGUAGACGGAAUCGACCAGGACUCGCUUGUAGUAUGGACUUCUGUGAAACAAAGAACUAUUGAAACAACACAGUACUUCGCUGACAGAAAUGUGAAAAUCAGACACAGAAUCCAAUUGUCUCAAAAAAAUCCUGGUGUAGUAGCAAAUAUGACCGAGGACGAAGUCCUGGCUAAGUAUCCUGAUGAAUACGAACAGUAUAUCAAGGAUCCUUAUCACUACCGAUUCUCGCGUGCUGAGUCCUACCACGACUUGGCCAUCAAGAUUGAGCCGUUGAUCUUGGAAAUGGAACGCAUGAGCGGCGAUAUCUUGAUCAUCGCUGACGACACAAUUCUCAAGGUCUUCUACGGUUACUUGAUGUCUUGCAUCUGCUACGAUAUACCUUACUUGAACUUCCCUACAGACGAUAUCAUUGAGAUCAAAUUCAAUGCUUACUCCAACACCGCUGAAAGGAUCCCCAUCAAGGACUACACUGCAUGA